CGUGAACCACAUUGUUUUGAAUUGACUGUGGUGCCGCCGCCUGGAGCCUUUGCCAUCCUGUUGCCUCCCUUCACAUUACGGAUAUUGCAGUACUCCUCAGCAUAGAUGGGGAAGUUGACUGGGAGGCUCUGGGUCUCGUUCACCCUCUUCUUAAUUACAUUUAUUGCGUAUUCAUCCCAAAUAUUCGUGUUUUGGCCUUGGUUUGGCCGAGAAGUCACUGUGGCUCUGCUCGUUUCUCUUGGGCCGUUCAAUCUCCUCGUUGGUCUCCUACUAUGGAAUUAUUACGCAAUUGUCAACACCGACCCUGGAGGCGUACCCUCUGGAUGGAAACCCGACCGGCGGUGGGAUGCUGUGUAUGAGGUAAAGAAGAUGGGGGGGCCCAGAUAUUGUCAAACAUGCAAAGAAUACAAGCCCCCUAGGGCCCACCACUGUAAAAAAUGCAAUCGCUGCGUUCUCCGCAUGGAUCAUCAUUGCCCAUGGGUCAACAAUUGUGUCGGUCACUACAAUUACGCACACUUUAUUCGGUUUUUAUUCCUAGUUGAUAUAUGCUGCACCUAUCAUAUUAUCCUGAUGACUAAACGAGCGUGGGCAGCUUUUACGGUGACUAGUUACAUGGACGACCCUAGCCUGGUAGAACUGGUAUUCAUAAUUCUUAAUCUUGUAUUUUGUGGACCCGUGCUAUUGUGCGUCGGGAUUUUCAGCCUAUACCACUUUUAUUGCGUGGCUACUAAUACAACAACUAUUGAAGGUUGGGAGAAGGAUAAAGUGGCAACUAUGGUGAAAAAAGGGAGGAUCAAGGAGAUCAAGUUCCCAUAUCAUCUAGGCACCUUUCGAAACAUUCGCUACAUCAUGGGCACCAACCCAUUGGGUUUAUUUUCUCCACAGAAGCACGUCAACGGAGAUGGUCUAAGCUUCCCAGUCACCGAUGGAGCCGGUAAGUGGUUUGAAUUUCGCAAUGAGCUCCCCGAGAAAGAUAUCUGGCCACCAAAGGAUCCCUAUCGUUCACUCAAUCCACACAAACCCGCGAAAGCAUUGCAAAGGAAGUUCACAUUGCCAGAAUUCCCAUGGACAUAUGGUGGCAAUAAUUUCAAUCCAGAUCUUCGUCCAUCAAACUCUGAACUACGUCGUCGCACACAAGCAGGACUUGCUGACGACGAUUCAACGCUCACUGCUCAGCCUGGUGCUUACAGUGUGCCACCUUACCAUGCGUCGUUCAGCGCCGGCACUGACAUCACAAUGCAAUCGGGGCCCCUCUUGUCAUCGUCUUCAGAUUUGAUUUCAUCGGAAAAUGAUAGUGAUACCCAUACCACCCAUGCCAACAUUGAACCGGGACGUCGCGUGCGCGUGCGCCGAGGGUCCGAAGGAUGGGAGGUGCGACCUCGUUCUCCAGAAAGUUCGCCGGCUUGGGAUGCGGAUACUUGGCGGCCAAUCGGCGACAAAUAUAAUCGUUACAUUCCAGAGGAGUCCUCCGACGAUGAGUCCAAUAUUGAUGAGGAAAUGGACCAUGGUGUCAAUAGUGGUGACAUGUGA